AUGGCGCGCGAUGGCGAUAAAAUCGUGCCGCUCGACGCGCGCGCGCGCCCGUUCGAACGGGCGUCGACGACGACGCGCGCGACGAAUCCGUCGACGGGCGCGGAUUCCACGCGCGCGGGCGGGCGGGGGCAAAAACCGCGCGGCGCGCGCGCCGAUCAUCUCCUGCGGUUCACGCGCGCGCGGACGAGCGGUGGUGAUCGGUCGGCGUCGUCCGCGCGCGCGUCGGGGGGGAGAGGGCGCGGACGGGGGCGAGGGACGACGACGCGCGCGAGGGAUAAAUCGAGAGAGCUGUUUUUGCAGAGCAAUUUUCGAUUCAUGCUCGUGGAGUACGCCGAUCUCGAUCGCGCGUCGAGGGACGCGGACCGGAUGGUGUCCUGGGAGGACGUCGUGGCGGUGGAACACGGGAGCGUGGGUGGGGUGACGUGUCCGAUAUGCUUGGACGAGGCGCCGACGGCGCCGCAGACGACGACGUGCGGACACGCGUUUUGUUUCGGGUGCAUCGCGAGGCACGCGUUGACGACGAGGGAGAGCGGGAAGCCGAGUAAAUGUCCGGUGUGCGCGGUUGAAUAUAGAUUGGGGGACUUGCGGAGCGUGCGGUCGACGCCGAUCGAGCCACCGAGGGUUGGGAAACGACAAAAGUUUACGCUGAUGCAGCGCCGAAGGGACUCAACCGUUCCGAGUAAGAGGGACGCGAAGGCGACGCCGGCGCCGGCGCCGGGACAGUGGCCGCGAGCGUUGCCGCACUGCGGAUGCGAUUCAUUCGCAAAGUACACGCUGACGAGUGAGGAGGUGGCGAUCGCGACGGCGGAGUUGGAAUCGCUCGAGGCGAGGGUGGCCGCGCUCGCGGAGGAGUCGGAUGUCGCCGAGUUGCCUUUCGCCCUGGCGGCGAUCGAUUGCCUCACGCGCAGGCUCGAUCGGUGGGUCGAACGCAGAUGUGCGUACGAGGGCGUGGACGCGCCGAGAUCGAGAGCGCCCCCACCGGGGGUUGCCGUGACGCCAAAGGAGCCCACGCGACGGGCGGAACCAGAGGCAUUCCCGGCGCUGCCAGCGCGGACGCGAAGCACGACGGCGUUUCUCAAGGGAUCCGAGGUCGUCGUCGAGUCCGCGUUCACAGAUGAUGAAGAGGAAGAGGCGGACGAGGACGACGCGUCCGACGAUUCGGACACGGAGAAGGGCACGACGGGUGACGUCAACGCGUUGACCGCCUCGAUCGCCAAGACGACAAUCGAAGAGUCUCGGAGAGAGGAAACAACGGCAACGGAAGAACGAGCGAAGGUGACGAAAUCGAACGAGACAGCGCCGAACGUGUAUUACUUUUACCAGGCGCCCGAUGGACAGCCAGUGAUGCUUCACAGCGCGUGCAUGCGCGUGUUGCUCGAGCACCACGGCUCGUACGAGGCGCUUCCCCUCGAGCUCGAAGGUGACGUCGUUGAGAUUGAAAACAAAACACAGGACGAGGAGGUACGCAAACGAGCGGCGCACAUCCGUCACUUACCGUUGACGACGGAAUUCGUCAUGAUUGAGCUAGACAUGAAACCGCUCGUGCAUAAGAAAAUCCUCGACGGAGCGGCUGGAAACGAGUUGCGCCAAAGAGCGAAAAGACGUUCACAGAAAAAUGCGGCGGAGGCUCGCGCCAAGGCGAAAGAGAAGCGCGCUGAGGCGAUCGCGAAAGUGAAAUCUCAGCCUUUCAGUAAGUCUGUGAGAGAUUCGAUGCCGGCGCUCGGUUCGAAUACGAGCGAUGCACCGCCGCCGACGCCGGACACGUCACUCGACGCGGCCAUCGCUCGAGCGAUGGCAGAGCAGGCAGAGGAGGAGCGCGAACGUAUGGCGAUGUACGAAGAAGUGCAGAAUGCCCGCGGUCCCGACGGUCAGCGAUCGUUUUCGAGCAUCGUGGGGUUGGGGUUCGCCUCAGGGGGACCGAACUUAAAUUUUAACACCGGCGACGAGUUCGGUCCGGCACUAGGAUCUUCACCGCCAGUCACCACGGCUCCGAUUUGGGGCGCACGCGGCGCGUCUCCGGCGACUUCCGUGGACGACAAUCCGCAGGGAAGUAAGAAGAAGGGUAAAGGGAAGCAAGUCUUGUUUAGGAUAGGUUAG